AUGGGGAUCGACACGGCUGGCGGCGGAGAAAUGGCUGCGCCCUCACGUCGCGCGCCCCUCCAGUCGGGAGCGCGCCCUGAGAACUGGCCUUCCUUGCCGUGCAUGCUUCCUGAUCUUGUCGUUCCUGAAACGUCAAAAAGCCUCCGGGAUUUCCGGUCGCCGGCACUGCCCUGGGAACCCGUCGCCCCUCCCGGCGCUGGGGAGGUAACCAAGUGCUUCGUCGACGCGAAAUUUCUUCCUCGAGCGCUGCCGAGGGAGAUAAGAGAGCGGACAGCAGGUUGGAAAAGAGCACCAAACUGCUGGGACUUGACGACGUCUCUCGAGGAAUAUCCGGCUGUAGAUCCCGCGAUUUCCCCCGGGGCCUCGGGCACUUUGCACGAGAUGCCCAGCGAUGGCAGCAGACAGAGGCAGCGCGUUGGACGGUCUGUUACCAACCGUGCGAAAAGCGAAGCUACAGAGAGUCGCGACAGCGACUCGGGAUAUGUCUCGCUGCAGCGCAAGGCAGGGCUGAGCCGUUCUGCCGAAAACCACAUUGGAACGACCGCGCCGCAGCCUUCCGCCGGAGGCAGCAAGAAACUGUACUACGCUGAUGCGGGGAAGGCUGACGCCAGUGUUCCCGGGACCGCCGCGUUGCAGGUGCCGGAGAGGGCUGCUGGAAAGGGCGGACUCUCAGAAACGUGUCUAAGGCCUCUGAUGGACGACCGCCUGCUGGCGCACGUGGACCUCGAAGCUUUGCUCGUCGAGGGUCUCGGAGUUAAGCAGCCCGUCGUUGUGGGCCUAGAUGCCUUUCUACGUCGCGAGGUCGGGAUCUUCGCAGUGGACCCAGGUGCUCCGCGGUGCGUUGCUGGGAUCCUCUCUGCAUUUAGCGUGAUUGCCGACAACGCCGUCCUCCUUCCCAAGGGCACGUUUCUGUGGGAAUUAAUCUAUCCGCAGUCGGAGUCUGGGUGGCCGUUGUACAACCCACAAGGUCUGUACUACGUUAAACUCUUCUUACGGUCGCAGUGGCGCUUGGUGGAGAUCGACGACUUCAUUCCAUGCGAUGCAGCCAAGCGGCCUCUAGCGCCUGUUUCCUCCCGAGACAGCCGCGACCUGUGGCCGAUGCUGCUUGCAAAGGCGAUCUGGAAAGCGUUUCAAGGCGAAAUAUCUCGCGGGGUGUUGGACAUUCCGGCCCUCGAAGCCCUCACUGGAAGAAGAGAAAUCGCGUACCCGCUGACUGGUGGCGCGAUACGCCACUUUCUGACUAAAGGCUUUUGGGCUAGCGUUAAGAUCCGACCCUCAGAGACUCAGGGCGUCGAAACGGGAAACGAAACAGAAGCAGGCCAGGGAACCCUGGACCCCGAUGAUGCGAGUGUCACCUUUCUAGUCUGCAAUUUGACUCCUGAAGACUUGAAAAAUCAGCGAGUCUGUUUGCGGAGCGGCGCCUUCAGUCUGAAACGUGAUCAUCCGCAGCUACAAAAACGAAAGAAUGGCGACCGACAGCGAUGCGGGAAGCCCCAUCCUGCGGUGAAGCCGAUAGAACGCGGUGGACGCACCUCGGACUUCGUUUUCCCAGAGGAAGAGGGAGCGUGCGAAGAGGAGUACGGCGGCCUGUUCUCCGUGGUUAGUCCCGAACAUCCGGACAACAGAGCAGAACUGAUGGCUCAGAAAGCCGAGGCAGAAGCAAGGCGGAAGACGAAAGAACUUCGACGGGAUGAUCACGGGCGCAUCGUCCUAUGUAAGCCCUGGGGAAAGCUCCUCAAACAUUUCCUUGGAGAUGCAUUACCGCAUCCUCUGCCUGAGGCUACCUUGCAGGACUUCCUAGCAGAAGAGAGCCAACCGAUCACAUUGAGGCAGACCGACACAGACAGCGGUUUGAGACCCGCAAACGGAGUUGCUAGUCCUCAUGACGCCCACGCGACAAAGUCCAACAAGCAGAACGACAUAUUUGGAGGCUCGUCGGGCAAGGCGAAGCCUCCUGUCCAGGUGCUGGCUGAUAUCAUCCAGAGAUGGCAAAUGCCGUGGCCUGUACAAAACGUGACCGAUCCACUUGGGGCAGCGGGUAUCACGUACGACGGAACCGUCUGGGUCUCGUGGAAGACGUUGACGGAAGUCUGUCGAUCCGAACACUUGUUUGUGUACGUCCCAUCAACUCUUUUCGAGACAGCCGCCUCGAGCGACUUCUUCGACUACGAACAAUCCGUGCUGCCUCGCCAGUUUCCACUCCGUGUUGCAGUAUGUUACAUGAACAUACCGGAGCUGGCGACCUGGACAAUGGAGAAGGACGGUGACGGCGGCUCCGGCUCACAAGCAGAGAAACGCACAGAGGGCGACUGUUGUCCGGCGUCCAGACCUCGGCGGCAACGCCCAAUCCACAAUAGCGUCAUACGAACCCAGUUCUCGCCGGUCCCCGUCCUCCUCGAGUUUGAUGCUCACCCACCUGUCACACUAGCCACCGAGGCUGUGCAGCCGAUGCAUCAGGCCGGACAAACGGCGCCGGCUCGGCCUCGCGAUUCGCCGCACGGAAGUAGUCGAAAUCUCUGUCCGCGUCACAAAGCAGCUCCAGCAGACAGCAUGCACACCUCCCUGGGCGGGACAUGCCUCGUGCAGAGCGCACCCUUUUUCCUUUCUGAAGGGAAAGAAAUCAGUCCCCAGAUAGGAACGUGGGAGCGGCUGCUGGGGAGGAGUGUUGACGACGUUAAGCCGCUUCUCGGACCAGAAAUGCGAAAUGCAGUGACGCAGGGAAUUGAGCUCUGGCGGGCAGGGAAACAGAACCGUACACGGAGACAGGGGACAGUGGCGCGUUCGUCGAGCGUACAGGGAAGGCCGCUGUUCUCGGAGACAGGCUCUCAUCUAGCUUUCUCAGCCUUCUCGACCUAUCCAACCAAAGGCCAUGCACUGGAAAUGUGUGCCGCACCGCGGUUUCUUACACUCGACGCUUCAUGCCGAGCCGUGACGCAGCUGAAUCUCUGCCAGGGAAGGCAUGCGUUCUUCUUCUGGCUCGAUUCCCCGGCCGGAAGCGGCGUUUUCCGCGUACACUGGGUGCCCGAUAAGCGGGAGAAGAGUAGCAACUCUCUGGAGUCGCCCCCCGUCGCAUCGGCGGCCGCAGGAAGUACGAAAUCAAUGAAGCGGCAAGCAGCCGAAAGUCGGCCGGCUUCCGAAGAGAGUGACGCUGCUGAACUGUGUGGAGGUAUCUCAUGCCACAUCCUCUCGGUGGAAAGUUUCUUGGAAACUUUCCACGACGUUCAGAUUGAAGAGUUCCUUGUAACGGCGCCAGAGAGUACGCUUCCAGGACCUCACUACACGGUCUGGUUCAAGGCAGAGCUGACAAUUCAUUCACGCUUUUCUCGCGAUGCCUGCGACUACUCCCCAGGCGCCGGUAGUGGCCCCCCUGCAACCGACGACGAACAACUGGCGGGCGGCUCGGAACUCCCCACUGUAUUUGUGACUCUCAACCUUCCGCACGGAGGACUGACGCCUUACCUUCGCAUGUCCAUUGGCCCACUGCGCAGCCGGACGCCAGCGAAACUCGAUAACACGGGCGCUAAAUCCGAGCGUGAAGGGCUGUCUUCUGACUUCGGUGUCCCUCUUGAGGAAGAGGACUCGUCAGCGACAGGAGUGAGGCUUGGUGCGAUCGUUCGCGAUUCUGAACUCAAACAGCUGCCUGUCUGUCCGAUGCUAUGCAUUGACCCAAGUGAAUUCGUCCCAAAGGAGACCGACUGGGAUCAGCAAGGGAGCAAUGACAGGUGCGCCGCCACUUGUGAACAACUUGCCGGGCGUCCACAGUCGUACUUGCUCCUCGUUGAGUCCGCGCUUCCCAGUCCCGUUCCUCGCGUCACCUUUUCUGUUGGUAUCGGCGCCCGCCGUUUGGAAGUCGAGGGAGGGGCAAGAGAAGACCAGAGACAACGAAAGACAGCGCUUUCAGGUUGUGGGAACCAAACGCAGAAGACUCCCGCCCCGCAAGUACGCGUCGCCGUUGAAAACAUUUCCUUCAGAGCAUCUUGGACCAAUCAGACAAAAAUGAAUGGGGAAAACAUCGUGCUCAGGGAGCGGAUCAUUCCCAAGAGUUCACAUGCAGUCAGUGCUUCACUGAGAGUUACAGUGGAAAAUCUCGACAGCGUUGUCCUCUGCGCCAGUCUAAUCGAAAUUGGGGCACGUACCUCACCGCAGGAAACCCUUCAAGAAAAGCAUCCGAAGAAUUUCGUGCAGAAAACAUCUGGCAGCGGGUUCAGUCCGGUAACUCCCCGGCAGCAACGCCAGCAUUCGGGAGCGCGCAGCAAUGCUUCGCCGUCUUCGUCAGGUCCUCCACCUCGGGGGACCGAAAACGUAGCCAGCGACGAGCUAUUAAGCGCAGAGAUCGGCGCGCCGGCAGGAGGGAUGACAAGUUCCGCCAUGAACGAAAGCGGAGUGACUGCAAUGGCGAGACCGUCCGGUCUUCCGUCCCUAGGCUGGUAUCCUACACCCCCUCUGGAGGAAACGGUCAUAGAGUCUGUCGGACGAGACACUGUCACCUUCCCUCACGUCCAACUUGAUCCUCUGUCCCAUUAUGUCAUCCAAGUCGUCGCACGAAAGUUCUCUCCUGUUACAUCGCCCACUUCUCGCUGCGCGAUGCAUUCUGAAGGGGAAUGGGACGACACGGCUUUGUCAAGUCCUUUGGCAAUCGACUGCUCCGCGCCAUCACGCGCAAAAGAGCAUUGUUGGACUGCUGAACCCAACGCAGGACAAACUGCUGGUGGAGUUUCUCUACACACCAGACCUGUGGAAAUGAUUCACUUAGCCGAAACGGCUUCGGCAGAACGGCUUCGGAUGGCGGCACCUCUCGACGGCGGCGCCUGGCGCCUGGAUGUCGCGGCAACGGGAGAAAUAGAAGUUGCCGAAGACGUGUGUCGAACGGCCUUCGAAAAUCAGUUAUUCGCGUUCUGGAACGAGAGCGACUCGAGCCGGGCAGAGCGCGCCAAGCGAUCUCGAGCUGCAUUUUUGGCCAGAAAAAUGAAACAAAAAGACUGUGCCUUGUCUGACCAAAUUGACCCUCCCGAAGCACUCAGCUCGCCGGCUGCAUUCCGGCAGACUGUGCUCUGGAAACUGGAGAUGACGGAGGCUCAACUCCUUUGCCUGCUCGCUCGUAAAGUAACUUCCACGGGCCAGCAAACUGAGGACGAUUUCUCAGCUGACCUCUUGCUUUCAGAAGAAAUAUCCGCCUCAGCGUUUGCACAGUGCAGGCUGCUUCAAGAGGCAACUGAGGCAACCGAGGCCGAGCUCCAGGAGUUCUUUUUCUGCGAGAUGGAUCCGACAAGGACAGGGGCUGUGAAGGGUGCCCAGUUCCUGAUGUCACUCCAGAACGGUGGCGCGGCACUUCGGAGUGCACACAAGGACACUGCCGAGGAGAGGACCGCCGCCAAUCGUCAGCCGAAAGCCACAAAGGGAGGGAACGGCGAGAAGAAAUCCAAGUCCGGAGCGGCCGAGCGAGACACCAAAAGGCCUGGAGCGGCUCAGAAGUCACCUGCGAGCAAACUAUCGAAAGGGGACGAUCAGAAAAGAGACAGCCAACAAAGUUGCUCCCUAGACACGGCCAAGGAGCGCAUUUCGCCGUACGGCUUUCUGGCGCUCCGUCGGCCUCUUACCAGCGCGCGUCACCGGAAUGCGAGGAUCGCUCAGUUUAUACGCAAGAUCACUGCAGGACACAGCGAACGGGCCGUCACUGUGCCCGGCGUGUUCAGAGUGGUUCCCUUGGGGGGGGCAGAGGAGGAACGCGAGUUCGCUGCUACAAAUGCAGCUGCUUCGGAACCAGCCGAGAGACGCCGUGCAGCAAACAUCCGCAUUCAGGAGGAACUAACCGCUCUUCGAGAAUCGAUCGAGCGCGCGUCGAUACGAAACGCGUGUCUUGUGCAAGAGGACAGAGAAGACGCUCGAGGAAGUAUGUUGUUGAACCGUGACCCCGUCGCCAAACAGAGAGAGGCACUCCGCACUCUCCAGAGGAAACGGCGAGACGUGGCUUCAAAGGUUACAGAGGUAUUGCAGGAAGAGACUGAGAAGGAGAUUCGAAAGGAGGAACUGGAACAACUAAUGGAAGAGUGCCAAGAAAUCCGUAUGUGGUUCUUCGACAGUUGCCUGAUGAAGAGGCUACGCAACCAGCACACAGCCGUUACCGCUAUGCAGAGGUAA